AAAUUUGUGGCGUUUUAUUUUCAAAAAAAUUAUUCCAUAGAAAACGGGAAGUGCUUCUAAAUUUAAAAAUGAAUUUCGCCCAACUUAGAAAUUCUGUAAACCUAUUAUUCCUGGUUUCAUUGGCAGUUAUCGCUUGGGUCAUAUUAGUUUAUUUUCAAUAUCUUGAAGAAAGGCGAAUGGAGUCUUUCAAAGAAAACUAUCUCGUUAACAUGGAAAUUGCAAAUGUGCCUUGUAAGUCAGAUCAUUUGGAAGUUUUCUUCAACUUUCUUUGCAUAUUCGGUUGUCUCUUUAUUUUGGCCAAAUUGAUCCAAUACUUAGAUCAAUGUUUUUCCAGUCGUUUAAAUAAUGAACCGAAUAACAACACUGUUCGACAGACUGAAGUUCGUGAGGGCAUUCCAGUUGAGCAAAAUUUUCAAGUACAGAUUUCCAACUUAGAAGUAGAGAACUCGAAAUUGGUAGCAGAUCUGAAUCAAAAGAAUCAUAUACUAACAGCACUAUUGGAUAUGAGGCAAAAUAGAGGUGACGAACCUUUGGAUUUAACAAAGGACGCUAUAAUUGGUUCUGUUGCAGCUGCUAAGAAGAAAGCUCUCUCCAAUAUAUACAUUUCCAAUCGUCAUAUUCACUUUAAUCGGCAAAUCUAUGUGAAUGAUGGAGACUACAAUAUUGGUUUGAAUGGCCUUAAUCGUAGAUAUAAACCGGAGCAGCAAACGAAUUGGGGGAAGUAUUUGCAAGCGAGUCACCACAUUUCUAUGAGAGCCUUUGGGGAGUUUGAGCGACCACAUUUCAAUGACGCAUCAUCGGUACCAAUUGUCACUACAGCCGAUCUCCAUCAAAUGCAUGGGCUCGUUACGUUAUAAGAAAACCCGUACUAAUGACCCGUAUAAAUGCCACAAAAAAUUUAUUUUUAAGAUGUUUGUAUGAAAUUAUAAUCCUUUUUAAACUUUGGUUUUUAUUGUCUUGGUCUAGUGGAAAUUAUUUGAAAUUAUUUUGAAGAAUUUCUUCAAAAAACGGCGUUUUUAAUUUUCGGACAAUUUAAAUUUAGAGCUGGUGUAGUAUCCUCCGAAUGCACUGGAUGCUACAAAUACAGCAUAGGAAUUUCCGCAAAAUAUGUUUGGCUUAUAUUUCGGAAUCAACAUACACUUGGGGCAUCAUUAUAACUAUUUAUUAUUUAUUUUUA